AUGUAUAGAAAACUCUUUCCCAUUAUCGUAAUAUGUCUGGCGAAAAGCGCAGUGUUAGGGAAUCCUGUGAGCUGUCACUCCGAAAACAGGAGCUUUUAUCCUUACACCGGUUCUAAAACCCCGUAUUCUUACGUUCAUAAUGGUACCGAAGGAACUAUGACUCUAACGAACUGCGAACCGACGCAGAUAUGGAUGCUGGUCAGACAUGGGACGCGAUAUCCUGGCGAGUCUAUAAUCGCGCAGAUCUUGAAUCUUACCCAUAUUCGAAAUCAAAUAAUAACGAGCAACGUAUUCGAGACCUGCACAUCUCAGGACGAGAAGAUGAAUCUGAAGAAUUGGGUGCCCUACCCCGAGCUGGUUCCGACAAAGGGAAAAUACUUAGCAGUACAGGGUGAAAAAGAUUUGGCGUCACUUGCCGAAAGAAUCAGAACAAAAUUGCCGAUGUUCUUCGACUGCAACGUGACCAAGGAUUUCAAGAUUAGAUCAACGGCUACGCAACGUACCAUCGAAAGCAUGAGAUCUUUCGUAGAAAGCGCUUUUGAUAUUAAUCGUAAAAAGAUAUUACCAAUGAUAAACGACACUUCGCUGCAUAUGGUAAAGAUGGUGCGUAUGCAACAAAAUUUCACCAUGCAGUAUUAUAUUCCCCCUUUAGAAGCUUCCAGUAACACAUCGAUCAAGUUUGAAGUAGUGCCGAUCGUCAACGACACUUUAUUAAAACUUUACGACAGUUGUGAAUCCUGGAAGAAUAGAGGUAUAGACAAGGAAGUGAAAGCGUUUAUUAACGGCCCGGAAAUGGCAAAAGUCAUAGCGGAUGUCAAUCAGCGUUUGGGUUUCCUAAACAUCAGUAAAGAUGAUAUCUUUCUAUUUUACGACGCGUGUCGCUUCGAGAGAACUUUGUACUUGGACAAACCGUCGCCUUGGUGCGAUGUGUUCACCGACGACGAGAUGCAAGUCCUUGAGUACGAGGAAGAUCUAUUUUAUUACUACAACAGUGGUCCGGGGGACAAAAUUAACAGUCAGCUAGGAUGUUACCUCAUCCGGGACAUAGUCGAUCAUUUCACGAAAUUGGAGACGAAUGGCGACGAGCCGAAAGGUGUAUUCUACUUUACGCACUCGCAAAUGAUGGUGUUGUUCCUUACUGCAAUGGGAAUUGCCCAAAAUCCUAUGCCGCUCACAGCCACAAACUUCCGAGACAUGAAUCAUAGAAAGUGGAGGAUUUCCCAGUUAAUACCGUUUGCCGCGAAUUUUGCGGCGAUCUUCCACAGAUGCAACUCGAGCGAUGCUCCUUUUAAAGUCGCUUUCUACCUAAAUGAGAAUCCCUUGACCAUCGAAGGCUGCGACAACGGAGUCUGCGAUUGGAUACAGCUGAAGGAGAAAUUGGGUAUUAUCGCGGCCAAUUGCAGCAUGGAAGUUUGUCAAAAAAUAUUGUGAAUUAACAUAAUUAUCAUUCCAAUAUUUUUCAUGUGAAAUAUUAACCCCUUAAAAAUUAGAAUGCAAUUGAAAAGCUGUGGUAUGCCAUGAAAGAAAGGAUUAUACAGUUGUAAUUCGACUAUAAAUUCUCGCGACUUUAUUUCAUGUUAGAAGCACUAAAAGAAGCUUUUUGCUUAAAAAAAUAUGAUAAAUGCAAUAGACACUUUUUUGUACAAAAAAAAUCAUGAAUUAAAGGUCUUUCCAUUUUCUUUUCAAUUUUUUUGUGCAAAAUAUUAGACUUUAAAGCAAAAUUAGGACGCAAUUGAAAAAUUGCGAUACGCCACGAAAACGAUGACUGCACAAUUGUGAUACAAUUACAUAAAUUUUCGACUCAUUUAAAUCACUCUUGAACGCAAAGCAAUAAAAGAAAUUACUCUCUUUCGCCUAAUUUGCUUUGUCCUAAAUUAAAACAAAGAAGGUUAAACUGAAGCACACAUUGUAAUUCGUGUUGCGGUACAUACAGCAAUCACUUGUUUGAUCAAUAAAG